AUCCUCCUUUUCGAAAAGGAGUACCGCGGAAUAGACGACUAAGUACCUCCCCAACCCCACGAAACCCUAGCCCACCGCCACCCUACGCCUCCCUCGCCGCCGCCGGCACGCGCGCGGGCACGUGGCGUCGGCGGCGGCGGGGCUAUGCUCCUUCAUUGGCUCGGAUCCUCUGCAUCGGCGGCGCAGGCGUCCCUUCCAUGGCGGCGCGCGCGUCCUGGCGCCUGGCGACGGCGGGCUCGCCGGCGGCCGGGGACCUGUCCGCCUACCCUGGUGGCCGCGCGCUCCAUGGCGCGUUCACCUUUGUGGUGGCGCCCCCCAUGGUGGCGGCUCUGUCCCUGGUGGCGCCGCGCCCCAUGGCUGCCAGGCGGCCUCGCUUGUGGCGGCCCUUCUCCUGGUGGCAGGCGUCUGACCUACUUCUCCUCGCCGGAUCUUGCAGCUCGUGUUUGGCGGCUCCGGAGACAGGGUGUCGUGGUGUUUGUACCGGGGGAAACCCUUGGUCGGCGAGUCUGGCCACGACGACGGUGAUGUUCCUGGGCGUCUCAUUCCUUCCCUAAGGCGUUGUCGAGGUACUACCACUUCACCUCUGAUCUAGAUUCCCGGGUGAAAACCUGAAGUCUUCGGACUGGGCGGCGGCGGCGCUGACGGCGUCGUUCUCCCCUUUGGGGGUGCCGUCGGGGGAAUGCCAGAUUAGCGGGCGAGGGGUGUUGGUCGGAGGACGGCUGUUGGUCGCCUGUUGGUUGGUGGCUCUGUCUUGUGUCGUUGAUGCCAGGCCUUACAUGUUGGAAUGCUUCGAUCCUUGUCUUGAAGAUGGGUUGGUGGAAGACGGUGGCGGCUAUAUUCUGGAGCGUGAGCAGACGGCACACGCAGCGGAUUUGCUAGACCAGUUGUGCUUUCGUGGCCUUUGGAUUUCGAUGUUAGGCGAUGGUAUGCGGUCAGGGCAUGCAGCCCCGAUAAUGACCACCCCUUCAUCAGGCUUGUAGAUAUCUGUGAGGCAAGCUGAGGCAUGGAAGCAAAUGUCGUGAACAAGAACGGAUGUUCUGAAGAGGGGCAACUGCAACUGCCCUUGGCCUUGUUUGCUGUGGAACGCAACAGCAAGAAACGACUCCUAUUCGAUGUUUCAAGCAGAAAGGUCCGUGGAAUAAGCAGUGUGCUAUUUCCAGAUGCUUUCUGUGAGUCCCAAAAUGGUGGAUGGCUCCUCAUGGUCCAACACAAACCAUUCAAACUUGAAGAGCAGAUUGUCUUCCUUGUUCACCCAAGCACUGGCCGGCGGAUUGAUCUGCCACUACUUCGUGAUGCCAGCCAGGGGUGUUUUGUUGCCUACAUUGAUUCUCGUGGAAAUCCUCUAGUUGUUGCGUGCAUCGAGAUCAUGACUGUUUUUCCAACUGUGCACAUAACCUGUCCUGGAGAUGUGUACUGGUGCGUAUACAAACAUAUUGAUAAUCCGUUCAUGCCAGAAGCAAUGUGCAGAUGUGGCAGGAGCACUCCGAUGUGCAGAUGCACCAAGAGCACUUAUAUUAUUGAUGUGGCUUUGAUCGGAACACAGGCUGUCUGCGUUGAAUCUCAUGGGCAAAUCCUGAUCUUUGACGUCACUGAAAUGACUUGGAGAACGGUGUCUUGUCCAGAGUGGACUAUUGGAGAUGCUCCUUACCUCGUGGCGUCCAACACGGAAGUUGUGCUCAUAUCAUGGGAUCGUGGGGCGGAGGUGAGGGCUUUCAAGUUCUUCAAGCUGGAUGUAAAAGCAUUGGAGUGGUCAUCGCUGGAUGAUGGGGAGCUGGAUAACACCAGCUGGUUUCUUUGGAAGGGACAGUCCUUCCGUGUGAGUGAGGAAGGCAAGAGGAAAGUUUACACAUUCGGUCCUGAUCAAUGCAAGCCACCAAUGACGUCUGUCACAGACAGCUCAACUACAAUGAAUUGGAUCACCUAUUCCACUGGUGGAUCAAAAUUGAAGUCCAUUACAAAUAUCUAUGUAUAUGAUUUAGUUGAUGGGACUGUUGAGAUGGUUAUACCAGCAUCUAUCGUUACGGAAGUACGGGGUUGGGUUCAGUCUAGUACAUUCGCUACUCCAGCUAUACUGAACAUUUAUGUUUAUCCUUCCUUGUCUUGAAUAUUUACUGUUUCCCUAGGCUGAUGAAUGUAUCCAGAUAAUCUUGUUUAUCAUGUAAGCAUUGUAAUGUCCUGAACUGCUCUGUCCUCCAGAGCCCUGUAAUUCUCAGCCCUGUUAUAAUGCCUGUAAUUCUCAGCCCUGUUAUAAUGCAUGUCUAUGGGUAGUUUCUGUAAGAAAAACAUAGACAUCAUGUAUAGUCAAGCUCAAGGAACGAUGACCAGAGGCACAUUUUUACUAUGGA